CCCAAACAAACCCGCACAGCAUAACAGGCCACAGGAGUCUUUUUGCGCUCUUCGGCGUGUGUCCCUCUUUUUUUUUAUUGUCUUUUCUCUCAUUGCUUCACUCACUCUCUUUCCUCUCCAUCUCCUCCACCUUUCUUACUCAUAAACCCUAAUCUUCCCCCCUUUUCCAUCAUAUCCCUAAAUCGACGAGCAAAAUCACUCGUGGUUAAACGCCUUUAACAAAAUGGGGACUCUAGGAAGAGCUAUCUAUACUGUAGGGUUUUGGAUCAGAGAAACUGGUCAAGCUAUGGAUCGUCUUGGAUGCCGUCUUCAAGGAAAUUAUUACUUUCAGGAACAAUUGUCUCGGCAUCGAACCCUCAUGAAUGUAUUUGACAAGAAGCCCAUUGUUGACAAGGAAGCUUUUGUGGCACCAAGUGCAUCUGUUAUUGGUGAUGUGCAAAUUGGACAUGGCUCUUCCAUAUGGUAUGGAUGCGUCUUAAGAGGGGAUGUGAACAGCAUCAGCAUUGGAUCUGGGACCAACAUUCAAGACAAUUCUCUUGUUCACGUGGCAAAAUCUAACUUAGCUGGGAAGGUAUUGCCCACCAUUAUUGGAGAUAAUGUAACUGUAGGUCAUAGUGCUAUCUUACAUGGCUGUACUGUUGAUGAUGAGGCAUUUGUGGGCAUGGGUGCUACUUUACUUGAUGGAGUAGUUGUGGAAAAACACGCUAUGGUUGCUGCAGGGGCCCUUGUGCGACAGAACACUAGAAUUCCCACUGGGCAGGUGUGGGGUGGAAAUCCGGCCAAAUUUAUCAGGAACCUUACUGAGGAAGAGAUAGCUUUCAUUUCUGAAUCUGCCUCUAAUUAUUCUAACCUUGCAAAGGUUCAUGCAGCUGAGAACGAUAAGGGCUUUGAUGAGAUAGAAUUUGAGAAGGUGUUACGAAAGAAAUAUGCCAAGAAGGAUGAGGAAUAUGACUCAAUGAUUGGCAUUGUGCGAGAAACUCCCCCAGAGCUCAUCCUUCCCGACAACAUUCUACCAGAUAAACAAAAGUCGUCCUAAAUCAAGCUUUCUAGCAAAACUUAUCCCUUUGCUGGGGUUUAUUGGUGUUAUUUUGUCAGCUAUGCUCGGUUAUUUUACCAAGGGUGGCUUCUUCAGUUCCAAUAAUUGAAACGAUUGUUUUCCUUACAGUUUCGGGUUUGAAGUCCACCCAUUUUUUAUUGUAAGAGAAUUUUGAUUCCUUGCGCAAUGUAACUCUAAUGUUAAAGAUAAUUUAUUUGGGAUGUCAAUUCAUCCAUGAAGUUUCUUUUGUAGCUGCAUCUGUUUCACCGUAUUGCUGGCAUUGAAAAUAAGGUCAUUGCUUGACUUGUAUUAA